AUGCCCCACCCUGGGGAGUCUCCAGGUGUGCCCAGGUGUGCCCAGGUGACCCUGCCCCCCCGUGCCCAGGUGACGUACCGCGUGGUUCAGGUGCCGUGUGCCCAGGUGUGCCAGGUGACCCUGUCCCCCCGUGCCCAGGUGACGUACCGCGUGGUCCAGGUGACGUACCGCGUGGUCCAGGUGCCGUACCGCGUGGUCCAGGUGACGUACCGCGUGGUCCAGGUGACCGAGGCUGCCCUGGACGGCCCCGAGGGCGCGGCCGUCAGCGUGGUGAGCGCCUUUGGCCCCGGGGGGCACCGCAGCGCCUUCGGCCCGGGGGCACCGCAGGUGCUGCAGGGCCCCUUCAGCAACGGCGGCGCCGGGGGCGGGGCCAGCCCGGGCAGCGAGGGCGGGGCCGAGAGGCUGCCCUGGGGGGGGGAGGGCACCCCUGCUGCAGCCCGACGGCAGCCUGGCACCGGCCACAGGAAGCCGGAGGGGCCGCGGGUGCCGCGGGACGAGCGACGGCGGGCGCAGCACAACGAGGUGGAGCGGCGGCGCCGGGACAAGAUCAACAAUUGGAUCGUGCAGCUCUCCAAGAUCAUCCCCGACUGCGGCGCCGACGGCGGCAAAUCCGGCGCGAGCAAGGGCGGGAUCCUGUCCAAGGCCUGCGAUUACGUGCGGGAGCUGCGCCAGAGCAACCAACGCCUGCAGGAAACCUUCAAAGAGGCCGAGCGCCUGCAGAUGGACAACGACCUAUUGCGACAGCAGCUGGAGGAGCUGAAGAGCGAGAACGCGGCGCUGGGGGCGCAGCUGCGGCAGCGGGGCCUGGACGGGACCCCCGAGGCGACCCGCCGUGACCCCGCCCCUCCCCCACCCCCGGAAUUCCUGCUCCCCAAAAAUUCCCCAAAAUUCCGAUUUUUCCCUCUCUUUUCCGCCAUUUUCCCCCAUAUUUUCGCCAUUUUUUGGCCGUUUUUUCCCAUUUUUUCACCGUUUUUCCCCGAAUUUUCUCCCAAAUUUCCCAAUUUUUCCCAAAUUUUGAUUUUUUUGCAGGAAUUCCUGCGUGCCACCGUCGACGUCGCCGAUCUCGGGGGGCUGCUGCAGCUGGCGCUGGGCCGGGGCGGGGGCCGGGGCGAGCUCAGGUUCCUGGUGGCGGCGCUGGGCUGGGCCAGCGCGGAGCUGCUCACCGCCAGGUGUGUCCCGCUCUGGGUGGGGGCGCGGGGGGUGGAGUUCGACUGGAGGCACCUCCAGAUGGGGCUGGACUCAACAUCAGCCUGGUUGCGCCACGUGGCCGCGGCCGCUCUCCUCUGGCCGGGGCGCCACGACCUCCCCUCCCCCCUGCGGCUGCCCCUGGGGGGGCUCCUGGCGGCCGCCGCCUACGAGGGAUUCUUAAUCGGGUAAUUAAUUAAUUAAUUAAUUAUUAAUCAUUAUUUAUUAAUUAUUAAUUAUGGGGAAGAGGCUGCGGGAAUGGGAGAGGGAAUUUGGGGCUUCUUAUUUGGGUAAUUAUUAGUUAUUAGUUGUUAAUUAUUAAUUAUUAAUUAUUAAUUAAUGGUGGGGAGGGGCCUAUGAAGGGUUCUUGAUCAGGUUGUUAAUUAAUAAUCGUUAAUUAAUUGACUAACGGUGGGGAGGGGUCUACGAGGAGUUCCUGAUGGAGUAAUUGGUUAAUAAUUAAUUAAGCAAAUAGAGACGGAGGGAUCUAUAGUGGACUGUUGGCUGGGUAAUCAAUUAAUUAUUAAUUAAUUGAUUGAUUUUGAGGAGGAGUCUAUGAAACGCCAACGUUUAGCAAUUAAUUUUUUAUUUAUCAGUUUGCCGAUCAAUUGGUGCGGGAGGGGGCCAAAGAGGGGCUCUUGGCGGGUUAUGAUUAGGUAAUUUGUCGACAAUUGAUUAAUUAUUAAUUAUUAAUUA